UCUGCAAAAUCUUAAUAUUGCACCGCGUUUUUAGCCCUCUUGAUUCUUUCUCCUACUUUAAAAGAGCUUAAAACUCCUAGAGCUUCUCUAACCCUAUAGUUUGGAGUAUCUGGGAGCUGUCUUGGUCUACCAUCUUUAACACCAACUUCUUCUGGAAGGAGGCAAUGCGUGUAAAGGCUCUUGUCCCUUCAUUAACGAACAACUCCACUCUCUUUUUUGAGAGGACCUGAAUUCCUCAUCUUUUCUUGAUGUUUGUGCUUCUUUCUCUUCUCAAGCAAGAGAUCCUUCAAUCACUGGGGUGCUUGUUGAAGUCCUUUAUAGGCAUUUCCAAUGCAGCCUUGGUGACUUCCUCUCAGAGACAUACUGAGACUUAUGUGAGGCUUGAAGGUUCCCGAACAUUUAUGGCACAAGUUUUAAUUUUAUAAGCUUCUAAAUCUUGUGUGGAAUAUAUUCAGAUUACCACAUGAACAAUAUUCUCUCAUUGCAAACUCAGGUCUGGGAGAGAUUGAAUUUUAUGAAACUCCGAAGCACAGUAACUUAAUGAAAUGGGUCUGUAUGGUUGCUGAUUCUCUGGUUAUUACAAUGUGAUGCUUCACACUGAUAAAAUCAAGCAUUAUUCAGCCCAAUUGCAGAACUCUGUUGUACACUCAACAAGCGAGGAUUGCGCAAUGUGACUCUAUAGGCUCUUAAGCUAGCUUGAAGGAUUUAUAACCUGGAAGAGCUUACAGUCAAGGACCUUGAAGAGUAAAGUCCUUGCCAUUAGAGCCAUUCAAGCUAUAACUUUGAAACUUCAUUGCUAGGGACUUAGCUAAGCUUGCUGCAAGUAGCUUACUGGGAUUGGUAUAGUUGAGCUCAAGCGCAACUUCUAACUUCAAGUAGUUAUUGUAGCACU